AUGGCCGAAGAUAGCCAUAUCAUCCCUCUCGCACCACCAACAACAUAUCCCAGAAGCGAUCAAGGGCUGAAUCUCAGUGAAUCGAGCAAUUUUUACAACCACAACAACAAGAAUCAAAGCAGCAGCAAGUUUUUCGUUUACCUUCUAUCCACCAUCGUCUUAUUAAGCAUAGUCAUGCUAAUUUUCUCCAUGAUAUUUCUUCGUUUCAAAGCUCCGUCUUUCGAUCUAGGUCACAUCGACGUGAAAAAUCUUCGAUAUAGUAAUAAUUCUUCUUUGCCUUCAUUUAACAUGACCAUGGGAGCUGAAAUUAUUAUAGACAACGAAAACUUUGGUCGAAUGAAUUUCCAAGAUAGUAGCAUGAGUGUUUUUAUUUACGAUAAUGUUACCGUUGGUUUCGCGAAAAUUAACGUUGGUCAUGUAGAAGCUAGAAAGAGUAAGAGAAUAGGAAUUGUAUUACAAGUUGGAGCUAAUGAAUUGAAUCAUAGUCAUGGGAAUUUGAGCAGUGAUAUAAAUUCAAGAAUGGUGAAAUUGACAAGUUUUGGUGAGUUAAAGGGAAAAGUUAAGGCUAUGAAAAUUGUUAGUCGUUAUAAAACUUCAGUGUUGAAUUGUACCAUGAAUUUAAAUUUUACUAGCCAAGCAAUCCAAGAUCUCCUCUGCAAUUGA